UGGCAGACCUUGGAGGUUUCUUUGGCUCAGUCCUCAAUAUGGCGCUGCUGAUGAGGCUGGGACACCGCGUGCUCCUGCUUCUCUCCCUUCCUAUCAGCGCUUGUGCUUGGCUCGGUGCUGCCUUUGCACACACUCCGGCGAUGCUGCAGACCAUGCGAUUCAUCGUGGGAUUAACCGGAAGCUUCACGUUACCUGCGGGGAAUAUGUAUAUUCUAGAAGUUUCUCACAAGAAGCUUCGGGGUCUUCUGUUUGGCUUAGUGACAACCAGUCGACAGGCGGGCAAUCUACUCAUCUAUGCUAUAGGGAGUCUAGGGUUGGGAUGGCGCACCACAACCCUCAUCUGUGCCGGGGUGGCCAUCCUGCCCGUCCCUGGCCUUCUGUUCCUGCCCAAUUCACCACGGUGGUUGAUUACCCAGGGACUUCUCAGUGAAGCUCAGAAGUCACUUACGUUUUACAGAGGCGCUCUUUAUGACUCAGAGCCCGAAAUGAAUGCCAUAAUGGACCAAAUCGGAGAAAAUGGUCCUGAAAAGAAUAGUAUAAUGGCUCAAUUAAGGAUGAUGGCCGAUCCAUCCACUUUGAAAACCCUCCUGUUACUCCUCUUUAUAUCUCUGCUUUACAAUUUCACUGGUUAUAACGUGCUGAUAGCUUACAUCGUACCAAUCUUACAAUCAGCUAGUAUUCCUAUGGACGCUUACGUGAGUGCCAUGCUGAUUGGCGCUGUGAGGGUAGCAGGCACUGUGGUCCAUCUCGCUGUGGUGGAUCGAAUGGGUCGUAAGCCUUUGCUAGUGUUGUCGUACGUUUCGUGUGCUUUUUGUAUAGCUUGUCUGGGAGGCUAUUUCUUUGUUCAAAAUACGUCUGGAUACGUAAAUUCCUUCAACUGGGUCCCUCUGACCUCCCUCGUCAUUUUCGUCUUCUUCACCGGCGUGGGUCAGCCCGUAAUUUUCAUCCUACAAGGAGAACUGCUUCCUACAUCCUUGCGCGCAACAGGAGUGUCCUUAAUCCUGUGUCUCGUCUUCCUCGGGUCUUUCACAGCCAUUAGGACGUAUUCCUUGGCCCUGGCUUUUAUGGGGGAGCAUGGGACGUUCUGGUUGUAUGGUGGUGUUUGUCUCGUUAUUGCUGUUGUCAGUGUUCUUGGUUUGCCAGAGACUCGAGGUCGCUCCCUGGAGGAAAUCACGGAGAGAAAGUAGGAAAACGGAGCAAGACUAGUCAGUACUAUUUUUUUAUUAUUUUCUGUUUAAUUAGGCAAUUAUUGUACCGUUUAUUACUGGAUGAUGUAUAGAAGCCCUUGUAGGUCUUGCAUUUUUCUAUACUCGCCUCAUACCCUAUGAUGAGUUCAUAUUCACCAAAGCUAUCCACAAAUUCUAAUUCAUCCUCUCAUGUUUAAUCAUCGCGCCAUAUGUGUCUGUGCGAGCGCGCGUAUGUGUGUGAUAGUUGUAUGUGUGUGAAUGGGCGAGAUGGGAGUAGGGUGGGGUUGGUCCCUUUGCUUGUCUUGUUCCUUGUCAUUAUAAAAAUCUUAUAAAUACUCUUCAAAAAACA